AGCAGAUUUCUCUUCAAGUUUCGCCAAUGGCCUCUCUAUUGAAAUCGACCCCAAAAACUCAUGAUGGUGAUCAUGAGAAUGAAGAAGAGAGCUUCACGUAUGCAAUGCACGUGGCGACCUCCAUUGCGCUGCCCAUGACCUUGCGAUCUGCCGUCGAGCUUGGCGUUUUUGAAAUACUAGCAAAAGCGGGUCUGGGAGCCAAGCUCUCCCCCUCACAGAUUGUUCAACACAUGCCAACCAAGAACCCCGAGGCAGCCACAAAGAUGUUGGACCGUAUUCUGAGGAUGCUGGCCACCCACUCUUUGCUGUGUUGCUAUGUGGUUGCUGGUGACUCAUUAGGAUCCUUUAAUAGGCUUUACAGUCUUUCUGAUGUCUCUAAACACUUCGUCUGCAACGAAGAUGGUGUCUCUUUGAGCCCUCUCAUGGCCUUGGUUCACGACAAUGCCUUGUUAGAUAUCUGGUCCCAACUGAAAGAUGCAAUUCUUGAGGGAGGAGUUUCUGCAUUCAACAGGGUUCAUGGCACGGACUCCUUCGCGUAUACCGGGUUGGAGCCCAGGCUCAAUCAGGUUGUUAACACAGCCAUGUUCAACCACACUACCAUUGUUAUUAAGAACAUCCUUGACUCCUACAAAGGCUUCCAACAACUCAUACAAUUGGUUGAUGUCGAUGGCGGUCUAGGAGUCACACUUAACUUGAUCACUUCCAGAUACCCCCAUAUCAAGGCCAUUAAUUUCGAUUUGCCCCAUGUUAUUCAACAUGCCCCACAUUAUCCUGGUGUGGAACAUGUCGGAGGAGACAUGUUUGAAAGCGUUCCUAAGGGGGACGCCAUUUUUAUGAAGUGGAUACUCCAUGAUUGGAAUGAUGAAGAGUGCUUGAAGCUGAUGAAGAACUGCUACGAGGCAACUCCAAAAGAUGGAAAGGUGAUUGUUGUGGAUGCAGUUCUUCCAAUUGUGCAUGAGAUUAGCACUAGCACU